GGACCGUAUACAAUUAAACUAGGAAAUUAUUUUUGCUUUGAUCAACCCGGGUCACUCCAGGAGCACAUCAUUGGGGACAUGGGUGUGAGCACAACCACAUUCACACUGCUAUACUCAGUGUUUAGUUGGUCUAAUAUUGUGGUGAAUCUGUUGGGAGGAUAUCUAGUGGAUCGCUAUUUAGGCAUCAGAUUGGGAUCAAUAAUAUGCUGUUGUUUCACAGUUUUGGGACAGUUUUUAUUAGGUGUGGGCGCUUAUGUGAACCAAUUCUGGGUUAUGCUAUUCGCACGCUUUGUCUUCUCGUUGGGCAGCGAUAACCUCACACUCAUUGGGUAUAUGCGAGCCAUUCAGUGGUUCCCCGAAAGUGAACUCAAUUUUGUAUUUGGUAUGCAAUUGAGUGUCAAUCGCUUUGGAAGUACUAUCAGUUUCAUAGCUAUGGAACCGCUCUAUAAUUAUGUCAACCAAUAUAUCACAGCCUAUAAGUGUUUGGGUGUUGUGUUCAUGAGUGUGGCCGCACUGCCAGCAAUGGAUCUCAUACUUGCCAUUGUGUUGGCCCUAUUGGACACAAGGGCUCAACGUCUGUUAGACACCAAAAGUGGUCAAAGAGAGCGCAAUCCCAACGAUAAAAUUAAGUUCAAAGAUAUCGUUCAAUUCAAACUCGAUUACUGGCUCCUCGUUUGGGUCAUUGUUUUCAAUUAUAGCGCUGUCUUUCCCUUCAUUUCAUUAGGAAUUCCAUUUUAUAAGAGAAAGUUUGGGUUCAGUGGUUCGGAAGCCAAUGUAAUAAACAGUUCAAUAUAUUUCAUAUCUAUAUUCGCGUCGCCGGUAAUGGGUUUCAUAAUAGGACGGGUCGGACAUAACUUGUUGUUCGUCACUCUAUCCGUAUUACUGACGGCUAUAUCGCACGCAAUACUGGGCUUCACUUUCGUGAACCCCUGGGUGUCCAUCGUAUUGAUGGGAAUCGCGUACUCCAUCUUCGCGUGUAUCGUAUGGACAGUCAUCUCAUUCAUUGUGCCCAAGAAUACGUUGGGCACAGCCUUUGGUAUAUCGCAGGCUCUCAUCAAUUUAAUACUCGGUCUCAUCGACUUAGCCGUCGGCUAUAUCAUUGACAAUAAGGUAACAAUAAUACUAAUGUUGGUGCUUCUCAUAUACGAUCAUAAAAAGGGAGAUGUUUUGGAUAAAAGGCGGGUUCACCAAUAA